UUCACUUUCGUGGACGCCAUUUUACUCGCAGUUGUCAAAACACAACGUCAUAAACGCUUCCAACCGGUGUGAAUACCCGUAACGUCCAUCUACCACAACAGAGUUAAUUUACUGACCGGUUCUAACAAGUGACAGAGUCCAAAAUAUGGCCAUGGAACCAAAUGAAUCACUAAAUCAAGAUCGUUUUUCCGCCAUCUUGGAAAACCAACGCGCCAUAAUGGUGAACCAAGCAACUAUUCUUCACAACCAGAACAAAAUAAUGCGAGGCAUGGAGCAGUUGUUUGCAUUCUUCCCAGCGCUUCAGAGCUCCCUUCCAAUCCAAAACGCCAUUCCCAACACAGUAACGGUAGCCCCUCUACCAGCCAAUCUGGGCAGCAGUGACAACUCGCGAGUUGAGCAGCCACCAGUUUCAUCCGCCACACAACUCCCAAGUGGAGCACCGCCACCUUCCGUUUCACCCUCCCCGCGCGUGGAAAACACAACCCCCAUUAACACCCCGACACGGCCUCAAGCGCCGUUAAAUUCAAGCACACCAUCGAUGGUUGCCAACCCUGUAAAACCGCUUCCUUCCAGUGGAGCUUCUUCGCCCGGCUCGGACAACGAACAAGACGUCGCACCUCCUGGGCGCCCUCCUUCGUUUCCGCAACAAUACAUCUCUACUGAUGAGCUUACCCAGAUCAAAUGCAAAAGUUGCUCAAUCGGCAACUUUGCAGUCCAGUUGCUGAGACAUAUUUUCGAAAAUAAUGAGUUAGAAAACAGGAAUUGUACAGGCACGAGAGGGAAGGAGGCAGUUGAUCCCGAACGCCUUCGUUUCGUAAAGGAAACCGUGUUUGAUGUGUAUGCAAUCGCAUCUGAUGAAAAGGUGAAUACUUGGAAGCACUGUGUUCGAGCAAUCGACGAAUUUCUAAGACGACCAAAGCGGAUGGCCAAAGGCGCAUUAAAUAAGAGUUCUUUGUAUUAGAAUGAAUUUGGUAACAUUUCUCUAGCAAAUAAUUUCUUUAUUUACUAAAAAUCGCAAAUUUAACAUCUAAUACCGUUUAGCUAAUUAGCGAGGAGUGGGGUAGAGUAGCUAUACAGAAGGCUUGUAGAGAGACAAUACAGAGAGUUACAAUAUUUUUAAGAGACAGUUAUUGUCAACAUUCAACAUAUCAGAGUUUAUGUACAAUUUGUCUUCUAAAAUUGUCCUUACGGCAUAAAUUUUAGGCUUUGUUCACACUGGACUGGCCUUGAUUGGAUUUGAAACAAUUAUUAGAGUGGAUGUGGAUCUUUAUGUUUUACCAAUGCAUUUUUCUUUUCAUGCAGCCAGUGUUUUGUGGGAAUAUUACUGUCUUUCACUUUCAGUAGUGUAUCUAGCAUUAUUUUCUUGGUUUCCACACAACACCAUUUCAGCUUCAGAUUGGAACAGUACUUUAGGACAAGUGCAACUAUGAGUUUGAGAUUUUCUUACAGGAAAUAAGUGAGCCAGUAUAAACCUGUGUUGCUCAUCAAUUUGUAAGAUAUCUAUUUAAUGAGUAUCUCACCAACAACUUUAGGUUAAUUCAUGAAAUCCAAGUUAACUUAUCCUAGAAUCUAAAUAUCUCUUAUUUGUACUAGAAUUGUACCCCAGCAACACUCAGGCUGUACUUGGUAUCUGCAUAAUACUGAUUCAAUUUCAGAUAAAAAUCAAUUUCAGAUUAAAAUCAAUUCAAUUCAUGUUUAUGUUCAAAAGAUUUUGACAUAAUACAAAUGUUUACAAUAAUUUUAAUUUUAAGAUGGCAAGGUGCGUUAGACACAGACCUAUCUGUUACCAUUUUGAAAAUGUUCCAUUUGGAAUAUACCUUACACCACAACAGUGUGGUAAAGCAAUUUGUAUAAUCCCACUUUGAAUUACUUGUCAUUAUUCAAUUAAUUCAAGUAUUGCAUAGUAUUAGGAAACAUACUUUAGUUGUGUUGACUUUUUAUUACCAGCAAAAGAAACUACAAAGGGUGCAACCAUUGCGGUACAAAUAUCCAGAGCCAAGAUUGUCAUUGGAAAAUGUGAUACAGUACACGAAUGAACUUAUUAGGCAGCUGAAUUGAAUUAUGCUUGCAUAGCAAACAUGGUUUGUCUCAAAGCAACAUGUCCCUCUGGGGUUUUUGGGGGCAAGCUCCCAAAGAAACAUUUGAAAUUCUAAACCCUGUGAGACAUGAUUUCCAGCAUUGUGAGACAUUGUUUUUCUAGAUAGGAAAUGUUUUUCACACUUGAAUUGAACAGUUAUGAUAGUUAUAAAUAUCAUUUUUGUAAUCUGUGUGACCCUCCGUGGGUAACUGGAGGUAAAAAAAAGGUUGCCCUUGGUGAACAUUGGUGUUUCCACCUUCCAAGAACUUUAUUUUCUGUUAGCUUGUUUUUAAUCAAAGAAAUUUGGAGAAGUUUAGGGAAGUAAGUCUUUUCCUGGCUUUUCUGAAGUCCUUAUUUGUUUUAAUCCUGUGUGUUAAAUGAUUUUUUUCCUUAAAUAAAAGC